AUGCCGGCACAAAUCGAGCAGAAGACGGUGGAUCCCGAAGCUGAGCUUAGUAAUGUUCAACGAAUGUUUCAAAAGCUUGCGCCGCUAUGUAGUGUGGAAAAACGCGCCGGCGGUAUACCGCAACUGGCACCUCAAGAGAAGCAGCUUGGCAUCCUUGCUAAGGAGUUACAGGAGACGCUACUAUGCAUAAAUCUGGCAAGGAAAGGCAUGCACGCUCUUCGCGACUCCCAAACCAAGGUCGGCACGCGCAAGUCCAUCGUGGAGUACGAGGCGAAAGAGUCGGAGCUUCGCGACGAGCGCGCUCAGCAAGCGGAGUUGGACUGCCUGAACUACCUGGCGCAGAAACAACUCGUGGAGUUAAUGAAGCAAGUGCCUACAGAGGCUGAAGAAUUGGCGAUGAUAGAGAAUGCAAACAACCGCCUUCGUCGCAUGGAGAAUCGCCUGGAUUUGGCCACCAAGCGGUUCUGUGUUGUUAAUUCGGACAAUAAAAGUGUUCGAGAGGAGAUCAACAGACUUCUUGUUGAGAGAAACGACUUCAAUAUCCAAUGGAACCGCACAAUCGGGAGGCUGGUGAAGGGCAAGGAGUAUUUAAUGGAUAUUUUGGAAAUCGCAAGCGCCGCUUUCAGCAACCGAGACGAGUGCUGCAGGAAGCUCGAGGCUCUCAAGUGGAAGGGAAUGUUCCAGCUAAACAGGGAUAUUUCGGAAAUGCAAGCAUUCGAAGGCGAAUUAAACCAUUUGGCCAAAUUAGAAGAAUUCCUCAGGGUCAAAGGCUCGCGGAGAAUUUGCGAAGCAGACGAGAAGGAGGAAAUAAAGAGACAAGAGGAAAUUCAUCGGUGCGAGCAAGAGAUCUCCAGGCACGAUGCUCUGUUAGAAGAGAUAUUCGGCUAUGCCGGGUCUGACAGAGUUGGAACUAUUAUAAACAAUUUCAACGCCACUGAGAUGCAGAACUUCUCGGUGUUUGUACUGCUGUGCGAAGUACUGCAGGAGGCCAUCAUUAUGCGGAGGGAGUUGGAAACUUUACGGCAACGUAUACUGGACCAACGCGACUUCAACGAAGCACGCGAAGAGAAACAAGAGAAACAAUUGACGGAGCUGAAGAUAAGUUUGGAUGGGCAACGGCGUCUCACCCAGCAGACUGCAGAGAGAAACGCUAACGCGGACGCCACCAUUAUAAAAGUUCUCAAAGGAAUUGAUGACUUAGUGAGACUGGCCAGAUGCGACUGCACUCCACUGCUUACACUGCUGGGCAAUCACAAGGAGGUGACCAGGUGGAAUGUGUCCAAGUUUCUUAGAAUCCUAGAGGCGGAAGUCAAGAGUCUCAUCGAAGUAGUGUACGGCGCAGUUAAGCCUCCAGCACCAACGCCUAAAGCCCGGAAAGGACCAGCUUCGCAGGCUGUUAAAUUGGUGGCAGAUCCAUACGUGGAGCAGUUACGGCCAAAUAAAAUUGAAAAGCUCGUGCCCUACAAACCAUGUGCAUACUGUGUCGAGGACUAUAUAAUGAAUCUCGUAUUUGAAACCCCGGCUGUACCAGCUGAUGAAGAAUACAUUCAAAGUAUCUUUCAUCUUGAAGAUAUUAACACCAAGUUUGGAAUUUACACAUUGACUAUACCAUCAAAACGUCAUCCGUAUCGAGGAUCAAAAAAAGACUAA